ACACAAGUAUUAUUGAAGAACCUCUCAUUUCUAGCCCGCCAUUUCUCUCUCUCUUCUGCACCAAACGAAUCAAUGAUGGAACAAUAUUUCCCAUCAACUUCCCUCUCGCUGCACCAGAUGCUGAUUUCUCGAGCUCCCGAGCUCGCCGGGAUCCAUGGAGCUGGCCCGUUACAGCGCCCGCACGCCUCCGGUGGGUUUCCGGUGUUUCGCGAUGUUUCUAUCGACGACAUGUCGGUCGAUGGAGUGAGGAGUAUGAAGGAUGACGUCGUUUCGCUGAGUAGAAGCGUCCGUUUUGUUGAUGGGUCAGCCGGGGAGGGAGUGGAAGAGCUGGAGAAGAAAGCGGCGGGGGCCGGGACGAGUACAAGGACGACCGGGCCGGAGGCAGGGCGGGGAGAUUUUGAGAAGAAGAAGAGGAGGCAGAGAUAUGCCUUUCAAACCAGGAGUCAAGUUGAUAUUCUUGAUGAUGGUUAUAGAUGGAGAAAAUAUGGACAAAAGGCUGUGAAGAACAACAAAUUCCCAAGAAGCUACUAUAGAUGUACACACCAAGGUUGCAAAGUGAAGAAGCAAGUGCAAAGACUGACUAAAGAUGAAGCUGUGGUUAUGACCACUUAUGAAGGCAUUCACUCUCAUCCCAUUGACAAAUCCACUGAUAACUUUGAGCAUAUUUUGACUCAGAUGCAAAUUUACACUUCUCAUUGAUCAAUUUUUUUUCCCCACAUACAACUUGAUAUUAUUCAUCAUCA